GCAUUCUCAGACGACAAAGGCACAAGGAAAAGAAGUGUUUUCAUAAAUACAGUAUUAAAGUUUGUUAGUACAGCUAGCGUUGUACAGCAAACACGUGCCGAACGUUUAGCGAGACAACUGCUGGAAGUGAAGGCAGAAGGCAAUGGUACUGGUCAGCCCGAUACACACGUGCCUGUACAGAUAUUACCGCGAAUCAAGAUUGACGACGGUUUGAAAGAUAGGUUGCGCUCCUGUACUGGCAACGAAACAACAAAAUUGAUAAAGCACCAAGAGAAGGUAUGCAUGGACUGGUACAUGCAAAGUGAAUAAUGAGAACAAGAUCUAUUUGGAAGUAGCCCUACAGAGACUUGAGGAAGAUGUAUCCAAGAGCUAGAAUGCUAGUAUUAACACUACGCUUGAUACUGUGAAGAAAGUGUACACAAAGACAGCUGCAGCACUGAGCUCAUUGAUUCUGGAAAUUGCAAAUUAAAAGCUAUGCAGUGCUUGCGGUGCC